AAGUAUUAUGCCAAUCGAAGAAGCAGUUAAACAGCACAAAUUAAAAGAUGGUAACAUAAACGAAGCCUGGAAAUCAUUCGAAUUCUAUUCUAAAUUAGGCGAUACAACAGCUAAAUAUUACAAAGGCUACUAUCUUUCUAACAACCUAAUGUGUCUUAGUGGUAAUAAAGAAGAUCGAUUUAAACAAGCUGCAAAUUUAUUUAAAGAAGCAGCCGAUGAAGGGGACGUGAUGAAGGCACAAAUUCAAUAUGCAAGUUAUUUGUCUAAAGGGAAUCCACAUGCCAUUUUUAAUGUUGGAAAUAUGUAUUAUAAAGGCAUUGGUGUUAACAAAAAUGUUAGAAAAGGUACUACUUUAAUCAAAUCUGCCGCUUACGAGGGAUAUGUACCGGCAAUCAAGUUUUGUAAAGAAAAUAAAAUUCCUCU